AGGAAAGGGGAGGGAGGGAAUGCAGCUUCGUAUCAUCAUCUCUUGUUGUGGGGCCUUCUGCGGCGGAGCCGUCGGAGGGCACCAGAUUCCCCCCCACGAGAGAGACCAUGCGAUGCGGCAUUACUUGUCACGGGGGCAUGCACUCUAGAUUAGUUCCCAAUCUCGCGACUGCUCAUCUUGCCCGCGUUGUUCUCAGCGCUGCUGCUGCUGCAACUUGGUCUGUGCGGCAUUGCUGCGCAUCUAGAUAGCUCUGGGUGUUGUGGGGGGGAAGCCGCCAGAGAAUGCCGAGAUUUUUGAUUCGAGAGCGGGUGCUUUCUUCUUCUUCCUCUCUUGAUGCGGGAGUGUAGGGCGAGACGUUGUGCUUCUGGAUAGGAUGUGUUUUGUUCGGCGGUGAUGCUGUAACUGAGUGCUGCUGCAUUUGGCUUAAAUAGGUUUCAGAGUGGGAUGCGGGGGAGGAAUACACGAAUUCUGGAGCGCAGCGGUUGGGUGUUCGUGGUCUUGGACUUGGUAUUAGCUUAGAUAUGCGCGCAACAGGUGUGCGACGUCGGGGCUGAAAGAGCGGAAUGGAUGCUAUGUGAGUCUUUGGAGCAUCCCUCUGCCCGUUAUCCAGUGAUUCAGCUGGAUUCUUCAAGGAUCUAGCCCCGAAUGGAGCACUAGAUUCGCAGAUCAUUUCGUGUUGUUUGCCGUGCUUCGUGAGGGUUCCCAAUCGGCUCCAUCACUUCGAAUGCUGAUUUCUUAUAGCUCUUCCGGUGUCUCCACUCCCGCGCAAUGCAUUGAGCCGCCUUUGUGAUUUCGUGCCCUUGGAGCUUUGCCAUAGAUCAAAUGUGAGGUUGUGGUCGGGAUUGCAGUUGGUAGUAGGCCUCUGCUAGCGUUCAAUUUUGGGGGCUCAUGGUGCUGUUCAGGAGCGAGAGUUCUAGUAUCGUCUUGGAAAUGUUGUGCAAUGGUCGUUUCAGCUCGCUUCGCAGAAGUUCUGGGGGCUCAUGGGGCUGUUCCCACCUUCUGGGUUUUGCAACUGGAGCGACACGCGUGCAUUGAUACUUUCGUGGUGGCCUCCAGAAAUGAAAUCUAAAGUGCGUCAGGUACUCCACACGAGAGGCUGACACAUUGUACUCAGAAUCGCUACAUUGAUGUCAAGUACGACAUCGAGAAUCGUCUUGCUGUGUGCAACCACCCAAUUAGUAAUGUCAAUGGAUACGAACUUACGACUCGAACAAUUUUUGUAGAGAAUCUGUUACUGAGCGAAAUAGUACCAAAUUUUUCCCAUCUUCAUCAACGGCGACAACUGAGGUGGAAGAGAUUUUACCUUGCGCCAGCUUGCCAAGUCUUUCUGGGUAUGGAAUGCGUUCGUAGCUGAUUGGGUAAGAAGACAAGGGUACCAUGAGGAAGAAGACAACGUGGGCGGCUUCCGUGGUGAGAAAACAGCUUGAAACCUGCUGUCAGCUAGAUACCAUCUCUCAUUCUACACUUGAGCGGGACGAUCUCUCUGAGAGCUUUGAAUUGCCGGCGGAGAUCCACAUAUCCUCUCCCAUCAAGGACCUCUCUUUCCCCUGUCUGUUUCGACGCAAAUCUUUCAGCGCUUCUCAUGUGAAAAACCAUGUUACAACUUCCGAGUCUCUAAUCCCCCAUCGAAAAUCAGUCGAAUCCGCUCUACCUCUUUGUGCAGGGUCUUCGUUCAGGCCGAGAACGCUGCAAGAUGCCAGGAGUUCAAAGAAUGUCGUCUUUACUCCGGCAGUGGCCACACGGUUGCCGACGCCACCACCACCGCCACUUUCAGUACCUCCUGGGAUGGAAGCUCCCGAGGCUAAAACACACCACAAAUCAGGACCACUUCCAAGGCUGAGGCGUUCUUUUAACGAGUUAGAGAUGGAAAGAAAUCUCCCUCCUGAAGUAAAGUUCAAGAGAUAUCUGUCAGGACCUCUUCCAACGAUACAACGGGAGCCGAUGACUGCCUCGUCAUCGCCAUCGUUUUUAAUUGCUAAAAGGAAUUACAUGUUAGGCCGGUGGAACAGUUUCGGAAAACCUAGCCUGUUAGGAGGAGGCCCGUCUCCAACAAGUCGAUUCACUAAGGUGAAGUCCUCUGCUCAAGCUCUGUUUCCAGCCGCUGCCACCAGCAAGCUUUCUGAUUUGAUGACGCAAAGGAGCCUGAAAAAGGCGGCGCAGUUGGCGAAGGUUGCUUCUGUUCCAGACAGGAAGGGAUCACGGGGAUCUCGUGCUUCAAGAGUUGAUUGUAAUCUUUGUCCUAAAGCUACCAAAACGAAGUUGCCGUUGCCAAAAGCUGUCAUUAAUGGUGCUUCAUCUCUGGGUUCAAGGGAAGAUGGUGUGCAAUCCGCAAACCUGGGUUCCGAAACUGUUAAGGAUGUCACUGCCUCCAAUGAGAGGGACAGAAUCCGCGCAGCUGUAAAAAUCCAAGCUGCAAUCCGAGGCUACAGGGCUCGCAGAAGGUUCGCUAAGUACCUGAGCGGGGAACUCACAGACGAGGAGGCUGAGGAAGUCCUGUCCAUCAGCACACGGAUGUCGAAAACGAACCCGCAGAAACUAGACAAUGCUCUUGGACCAAGAGCCAGAAGAAUGGAACAAAUGAGCAAGAGUUGGAACGGGAGUCUUCGCACGGCACAGGAUUGCGAGGCGAUUCUGAAAGGCAAGCGAGAAGCGGCCAUGAAACGCGAGCGGGCGAUGGAGUAUGCAUCAUCGCGGCAAAAAUGGAAAACAUCCAGAUCACCGUCAGCGAAAACACCUGCGUUGAUCGUGGACAAUACGUUUCCUGAUAAGUCCAGCUGGGUAUGGAAUUGGCUAGAACGCACCGUCAAAAUGGGAUCGAACAAGAUGCCGAGCAAGGUGUUCGAUAACGACAUGUUCGACAUCAAAGAGCCAGUUAGUGAAAGUGUUUCGGUGAAUAGCACGGUUGAGGUGUAUACCACCGAGGUUGACAGUGCCACCGACAUGGGCCGAAAGUGUCCGAUGACGUAUCCAUGGCCUCUCUCUCUGCGGCAACAGCAUGCAGCUGGUCUGUGGCAAUCGAAGGCAUCUCCUGCGACACCAUCACCGCUGAACAAACACACACAUGGAACUCCAGAACGAUCUCAACUGACACAUUCUGAACUCAAAAGACAUCACCAAAGCAAAGCUGUGUCCACCUUGGCAGAGAGUUGUGACACUAGCCAGAUGAGUAAGCCACGGUUCGGCAUCCGAAAGCUUAGAUUCGCUGAGGAUGAUGAAAAGCAGAACUAUGAUGGAGAGAGUGUCGGUAGCUGUCCUGGACUGCAACCCGGCUUGAAUCACUUAUCCUCCCCUUGUGCAAACCCGAAGCCGAGGUCGCAGGGUGCUCUGCAGCUCAGGAAGACAUAUCCAGACACACUAAGAGAAGCAAUUACGUCCAAUCCUCAGACUCGCCGACAUUCGCAAGAACACCGGGCGCAAAUGCAAGUUGCUGUUGAACUCUCCACCAGUGAUUCAGCUGGAACAACGGCUGCAUCAUUGCGGCGGCCCUUCUGGCGACCUUAGAGAGCAUGGAAUCCACUAAUUCAGUAACCCUUCAACCUGGCCUUCGCUCUUGAGUGUUGAAUGACCCAGAUGAAGGCAAGCAGCGCAGGGAUUUCCAAGUCCAUAUCUUCUCAUUCUAACCGAGCCAUGAAUCCUUAAGAUUUGCUCACGAUCUGUGUCUUGUUGUGAGCACCGAGGAUCCAUUUGCCACACCAUCAUGUGUCUGGUUCAAAGUGAGCUCUUGUACUUCAUGAUACGAAAACUGGUUAGAUUGUGUUCUCUAAUCUGGGAAUCCAUGUUGAACUGUAGCUGGAUUGUGUCGCCCUGAAGUGUGUUCUUUUGUUUGUAGUGUUUCUUUGUCUGCACAUUCUCUCUAAUACACAUGAUACAUCCGCAGUGUACAUACCCACAAGAAUGAAAGGGGCCAGAUAUGCUGCUCCUGUGUUGUAUCAUGGUGGACA